AUGCCUCAUGGGUUAAGAAGAAGAAAGGCAACGGGUAUACUAGACGCCCACAAUGUAAAUGUAGCAGCAUCAGGAGAGCAGCAAGCAGUGCUUGCUCAUGGUUUUGGGACUGAUCAGUUUAUAUGGAAGUGCUUGGUGUCCCAUCUGCUUCACGACCAUCGUGUUGUCCUCUUCGAUAACGUGGGAGCAGGUGCGACAAACCCCGAUUAUUAUGAUUUUGAACACUGCUCCACCGUCGAGGGUCAUGCAUUUGACCUCUGGGCAAUCUUAGAGAGAGAGAGAUCCAGGAGUGGGCAUAUCUGGAGAUCUAAAUGCGUGCCUGUCCUCUUUCUGCUGCAGAAGUACCAUCGUUGGUUGCAUUUGCUGUGUCAGGUUGCAUGUUUACUUAGGUUUGAACAGUUGUGGAAAUGGCUGAGGUUACUUGCCCUUGUUAACUUCUAA